AAUGGCAACGGCAACCAUUUUUGUGUUUUCCUUUUAAUCGACCACCACAGAUAAAAAAAAGCUCUUGUUAAAAUUGGAUCGCAUUUUGUGUCUCCGACAAAAUCAAAAUAUUGGAAAAAUGCUACUGAAAAGUGCAAUAAUUAGUUGCUGUGUGCUGUGGGCUUGCACCAAUGGUGAGAAUGUUAUCCAAGGCGAAAAAAUAUUCCCAGAACCAUCGGGAGUUACCAAUGGCCCAAUAAUACCAACUACCACAAUAAUUCCGCCAACCAAUUCAACUACUCUGAAACCAAAUACUACCACAUUGGCUCCAACUACUACCACAACUCUUGCUCCAAAACCUAAUACUACCACUGCAGCUACUACAACCACUACUUCAACCACUGCAAAGCCUACCUCUCCUACACCUAAACCUGAUAAUAAACCUGUAAUUAAUGACUUUAUUGGUAAUUAUUCUGGCACCAAGAAUAUUUGUUUGAUGGUCAAAAUGGCUGUGGUGGUUGAGGUGUUGGUAAAGGACAAAAAUUCUACAAUGAUAAAUGUUCCAAAAGCACCAAAAUUCAAUGCUGUCUGUCCUCAAAAUACAGAAGAAUCCUUAACCAUCAAUUGGGAAAAUAACUCUAUAAUUUUUGGAUUUUCCAAGAACAACAGCAAAUUCGAAAUUCGAUCCAUUAACGUUUCCUUAUCUGGAACAAACAAGACUUUUUACCAUUUGAAGCCCGAAUUCUCAGUUUCGGAAAAAUUGUCUUACUAUUGCGCAAAAGAUCAAGCCCUCAAUUUGACUGAUGGCACCACGAGCAAUGUGACAUUGGCUAGAUUGCAUCUUAGUCAUAUGCAGUAUCAGGCUUUUGUCAACCAAACCGAGGCUCAUUAUGCUACUGUUUGGGAUUGUGAUGGUAUCAACACCCCUGACAUAGUACCGAUUGUAGUGGGUUGCGUUCUUGCCGUCCUUGUCGUUCUCGUUUUGGUGGCCUACCUGUUUGGCAGGCGAAGUUGCCAAGCCCGAGGCUACCUUUCAAUGUGAGUGGAAAACCAGGAAAGAAAAGGUACACUCCUACGCACCUCAACGGAGACACUCUAAACAACUUCAUUGUGUUUGUUUGAUUCAACUUUUGCUUGGAGUGUCUUUGCUUUUUUGAUACUGAUAGGGAGAGUAAUUUUUAUUAUUUAUUUUUCUGUUGUGUUAUUCAAAAUUUUGUAGUUUUUUGUUUGUUUUGGGGUCCUAGUUGAAUUUUUUUUUGUGCUCAUUUUAAUCCAUGACACUUGAUAAUAAUUGGGGGUUAAUAUUUUUAUUUUUUUUUUGAUUUAAUAAAUCUAGAUUCAUGUUAUUAUGAAUUUUGUUCAGCAACCAAUACUAACAUCUAAAAAUUCACUUUAACAUGAACUUUGCAAAAGAAAUUAAUUAUUGUGAUGUCAAUUGAAGCAGGAGGCAUAAUAUUAUUAAUCGAAAAUAAUCUCUUAAACAUUUUCCAAGUGUCCAAAAUGUAGUUUUCAAUUUUUGGAGUUUGGAAUUUUUCAUAAAAUUACUAUACAUAUACAUAGAAGUUAGAAUUAUUAUAAUACAGGUUUUUUACUGAUCUUUGAUGGCAUAUAAACCAAAAAAAAAAAAGUCCUCUUUCCAGCAUUGAUUAUUAGGUAGGUAGUUUUAGGUUCUAGUUUUAAAACGUUUUUUUGGUUUAGUGAAAAUAUAUUAUAUUAAAACUUAUCGGGCUGUGAAAGCUAAAAAAUAAAUUUGUAUGUGCAACAAUAUUGAAUAAAGUUUCAUUAAUGAAUAA